AUGGAAGUUGAAGCAUAUAAUACUCUCCAGGAUCUUCAGGGAAAACAUAUCCCACAGUUUUACAGUGCUGUUACGGUUCCAACGAGCUCCUUCGCACUUGACCACGAGUUCAGCAAGUACGCAAACAGUCCUGGGAUUCUGAUACAGUAUAUCAGUUGGUUUUCCUUGGGCGAUAUAGCCUUACACGCCCCCAAAUAUCAAUGGCAAUCAAUCUGUGAAGAGGACAUGAAAAUAGUCCACCUUUACACCGCGAAAGGUGUCCGGAACAACGAUGUGCGCCCAAGGAACAUGAUUGUCCACAUCAGCCCAAGAGGCAAGUUUCGGAUCUUCAUGAUCGAUUUUGGGUGUUGUGCUUUCCGCCGGCAGGCCAGAAGUGAGUGGGAUUGGUGGGACAUGAAGGCUGAUAGGGAUGAGGAAGGAGUUAUUGGGUACUUUAUGGAGAAUCACUUGAAGGAGGGCUUUGUGUAUCGUCGUUUUGAGUUCUAUAGAAACCUAAAUAAAAAGUACAAGACGUACUAG